UCUUCCAUAGAAAUAAUGUAUUUCGGAAUAUAUUUUUCAUAAAUUACUAUUAAACUGACAAUCUUAGUUGUAUUGCAACAGAGGGGAAACAAAUUCUCUUUUCAUAUAUUUUGUAGUAAAUAAUAUAAACAUGAGAUCCAUACAUAGAUCCACAGACUAAAAUAGGAAUGCUGAGAUCCUUUACUGUAUAAAUUGAUAUGAGGAAGGAAAGGUGAGAUCCUGCGUUGUAGCCAAAUGUAUCAUAACCACAUAACCUAAAAUUAAUUUAUUUAGCGCGAUUGUAAUAAGUGUUUUGAGAGUUAGAGCACAUAUGUAUUUGGUGCAUACUGCGUAGCAUGGUACUCAGAGUAUGUUUUAAAUUUAUGGGUAUGUAAUAAUAACUAAUUUAGAUAUCAACAUGAAUAAUACACGUAGUAAACGAAUGCUACAAUUAGCAAUGUUAAGUGACAAUGAUAAUUGUGUAAAAGGAACUACAGAAAGAAAAGAAUGUGGUUCUGAUGAAUACAAUUUUCGAGAAGGAGACGAAGAUCCUUGGACUGAAUUUAAAAAAUGGAAAAGAGAAGGAGAGAAGAACUGGAAUAAAGAAAUAUCUUGGAAACCUAAUGAGAAUGAGGAAGUUUCUUCUACUUGCACUUCAUAUAUAUCUAGUGAAAUACCCUAUAUUCCAAGAUUUGGAUUUAAGGAGACGUAUGAUAUGCAAGAACUUUCUACUUUAGAGAAUGAAUAUAAUGAGGUCUUACCAGUUUAUGAAGAGCAAAAUAUUACUAAUGAAAUUAAUACAAGUGCAGCCAAUACAAAUAAAAUUACGGUUUUACAGAAUAUUACUUUACCCUGGAAGCUUAGUGAAGAUGCUUUUUCUACCUGUAAAUCAAAUAGUGAAAUACACGAUACACAACCUUUUCAACAUGAGGGUCAAUUUAACGUGCAAGAAGUUUCUGAGAACUUACAAACAGCGAGCAAAGAAAUCCUACUGAUUUAUGAAAAACAAAAUAUUGGAAAUGAAAUUAGAAGUGAAGUCAAUACCAAAGAAAAUACGGUUUUACAGAAUAUCACGGUAAGAGUCAGUAAUAGUUCUAAUAAAUAAAAUUGAAUAUUACAAUUGUCAUUCACAUUUGACGUAAUUUCUGUAUUUUUGAAAAUCUCAAGUUAUGUCCCAAAUAUGUCCCAAAAAAACGGAACUAUUAAAUAUUGUCCAUAAUUUAUUAGCGGCACAAUUCUAGUAUUGAUCGAAUACCUUAUGGCAAUACGCCACUUGUAAUAUAUUGAAAAAAGUAAACAUUUAUAAA